AUGACCCCGCCCCUUUGCCCACGCCAGCAGAGCGUCCCUGCGUCCAAAGUUACCCCGUCCAUAUGUCAGCACAAGUCACGCAGAAACUUUGGAGGGCGUCAUUGUAUUCCGUCAGUGGUGCACGCGCUGCAGCCUGGUCCCGUACAGAGCCCCUGGUCCCGUGCAGAGCCUGGUCCCGUGCAGAGCCCCUGGUCCCGUGCAAAGCCCCCGGUCCCGUGCACUGUGAGUCCGCUGUGUAGUGCGCGCGUCCUGGCUGCAGCUCUGGUCCGCUCCCCGGACUGCCGCACAUCUCACGGCUCGAGAAGGAAGUGA